AUGGAUGACGGUGAAGAUGCGCUUCAACAGUGCCUCCGCUCGGGAGUUGCAUUUGUUGUCACAGGCGGUGCUCGAGGGCUGGGGCUGGCCAUGGCAGAAGCACUUGUCGAGGCUGGUGGUAAAGUCUACUGCCUUGAUCGGUUACCAAGCCCCGACGACGAGUAUCAGAGGGCCCUGGAACGAGUUGUUCCCGAAUGGGGAGGCUCACUCCAGUAUAAGCAGCUGGAUGUCAACGACACAGCAGCACUCAACAGGUUGAUGGAAGACAUUGCAGCGGAGAAUGAGGGGAUCCAGGGCGUUAUCGCGGCUGCUGGCAUCCAGCAACUCACUCCCGCGAUCGACUACACGGCGGAGGACGUCAACAAGAUGCUACAGACCAACUAUACGGGCGUCUUCAUGACGGCGCAAGCAGCGGCUAGGCAGAUGUUCAAGUACAAGAACCGCGGCAGCAUCUGCUUUGUCGCCAGCAUGUCUGGCACCAUCGCAAACAAGGGCCUGCUCUCUGCGGCCUACAACUCGUCAAAGGCGGCCGUGAUUCAGCUGUCGCGCAACCUGGCCAUGGAGUGGAGCUCGGUCAAGGAGAACGGCGAGGGCGGCAUCCGCGUCAACUCGCUGAGCCCGGGACAUAUUGUCACGCCCAUGGUGCUCAAGAACUUUGAGGAGGUGCCGGGCUUGAGAGAGACGUGGAGUCAGGCCAACAUGAUGGGGCGGCUGGCCGAGACGAGCGAGUUCAAGGGGGCGGCGCUGUUCUUGAUGAGCAAUGCCAGCACGUUUAUGACGGGAAGCAACUUGAUUAUCGACGGUGGGCACACGGCGUGGUAA